AUGGAAGUGAGCAACAAAUACGUAGUGAUUAAGGAUAACUUUUAUGGUGCCUCUGAACAGUGCCAUUUUGAGAUUAAAAUAGAAGAAGGUCUUGUUCUAUCUGUUGAGGAGGGAUCUGAUGAUAUCAUUGUCAAGAAUCUGUAUAUAUCUGUUGACCCUUCUCAAAUUAUUCCAGGCCAGGCUAUUGUUGCUCCUGUUAUUGGUAAAGUUGUGGCUUCUGGAAAUGCUAAGUUUCAAAAAGAUGAUUUGGUUAUAGGAUCAUUCACUUGGGCUCAUUCUAGGUCUCAGUGGAUUGUCUGCCUAUGUAGUCAUAAGAAGGUUGCAUUACUCAAAGAAAAACUGGGAUUUGAUGAUGCAUUCAACUACAAGGAAGAAAAAGAUCUAAAUUUUACCCUCAAAAGGUACUUUCCGGAUGGAAUUGACAUAUAUUUUGACAAUGUUGGAGGAAAAAUGCUAGAAGCAGCAGUUGCUAACAUGAAAGCAUUUGGUAGAGUGGCUGUUUGUGGUGUAAUCUCUAAGUACACUGAUGCUGGAAAGAGAGCUUCACCAAAUAUGGUGAUAGAAGAGAUGUCAUUGGGAGUGGAAAGCAUCCCUUUUGGUUUUAUUGGACUCUUCAAUGGAGAUAACACUGAAAAUAGAAUUAUAAAAUUAGAAGAUUAA